AUGGAUGGCUCUUUGAAUCAGAGCUGUUUAGCGUUACAAAACAGUGUUAAUUUGUUGCAGGGAACGCUCGAAAGAUUGAAAGAACAAGGGAAACACAGUAAGAGAUUGACUACUACAUUAUUGCAGUCCAAGAGGGUUUUUGAAUUGCUUUCAGAAUAUGACUUGCAGCGGGCACGUUUAGAUUUAAUUGAAGAUGUUGAGCCGGUGGUUGAUAAGCUUUGUAAUAAAUUGGAGAAAUCUUUGAAUAAGUUGGAGAGGGAGAGGUCAACGCUUCAGCAGACAUAUGAAUUGAACCAACUGCGCUUGAAUAAUAGGUUUGGUAGCGGAGGAGGUAGAGUAAGCAAAAUACAAAAGUACCCGGUGGUGAUGGGCACGUCUACUAACGAGGAGUUGGAGCGCUUGCGUGAACUGAAAAGCAGAAAGGAAGCCUUGGAGUACCAAAUACAAGAGCUGAAGGGGCAGCAAAUGGACAGCUACUGA